ACGGUGCAUAACGAAAGUGAAAGAGUUUUUCAAUCAGGUCAAACCAGCAUGACUGUGCUUUUCAGCUCAUAUCUGUAAGUGGCGUCGGCCUACACAGCUCGACACGAUAAAUUGAAAAAUUUCAAAAUACAAACCCGAUAGCUACUUUCCUGUGUGAAUACAUCAUCUUAAACACGAUUUGAAUAAGCAGGGUUGAGGAUAACUCAAGGAUGGAAAAAGAGAGCUCCAAAACUAGUUCAGAGGGAGUCAAUCUAUGCAUAGUUGCAGCUGGGAAAACAUAUGGAACUAAUGUGAGAAUGAUUGACAUUCUAAGCGACCGUAUUCAGAAUUUGAGUACAGUUUCUUCAGUGGAUGAAAGCAACGUUGUUUUGGUUUUCUGUCCUAUCGUUUCACGAGCUGGAACUGAUAUUGAAGCAGCACUGAAACGAUUCACAGACUCCACAGCCUCUAAACUGAAGGUUCUAGUGGUGCUACAUCACACAUUUGAGCCAGAGAAAACUGUACCAGACAGCAGCAGAUGUGUCAACAGGACAGAUAUACUGACAGUGGACUGUCUGUUCUAUGAAGACACAGGAUUACUGAAGUGUCAGAAGAAUUAUGACGCAAUCGACAAAGUUGUGAAAUGGUUAAUACAGCAGGGGAAGAAAAUUGGUGUCAAUGUACGUCCAUGUCAGACUCCCUCCAGGAACAGCUUUUCAAAAAUGGUCUCAAUUCUCACAAUGUCGCGAUCAAGCAAUAUGUGUAUGCAGCCUGAAAGGAAAUCUGAGUCAGUGCAGAAAAAUAUAAUGGAAACAGAGAACUCCAAACCUAGUACAGAGUUGUGUAAAAAAUCAAAGCACAUUGAAGAGACAGAGAGACGUUUAGCAGAAAGUGACAAGAAGAUAAAACAUUUGGAGACUGAAAAAAAUGACCUUCUUAAACAUACAGAUGAACUACAAAAGCAAAUUCAGCGUAAGGACAAAACAAUAGAAGAACAAGACAAUCUUCUCAAAAAAACAAAAGAAAAACUGUCACAAACAACCAGAGUGGUUGAGGAGAAACAGAAACAAAUUGUGGAGAAAAACGAAAAACUAGAAAAUAUGAAAAAACUGAUAAGUGAGAAAGAGACAGCGCUAAAGAGUGCAGUGGUUGAGAUGGAAGCCAGUAAACUUCAGCUAACUACACUGAGAACAGAACUACAGGAAAAUGUCAGACAGCUACAAGAUGAGAGAAUAAUAAAGAAACCAUCUUCACAAUCAGCUGUUCAAGUAAGAAGAAACAGCAAGCACACCAUUGAACCAGAAAUGAGUGGGGAAACCUCAAAUCCAGGAUGUUUGGAUUCUGGAUCAGAGCUCAGGCUGGUUCUGCUGGGCAGUGCUGGAUGUGAGAAGAGCUCAGCAGGAAACAUCAUCCUGAACAGAGAGAAGAAUCAGACUGAUACAUCAGCAGAGACACAGAAGAGUGAGAGCAGACAGGAGGAGGUGGAUGGGAAGCAGGUGACUGUGGUGGAAACUCCUGACUGGUUCUGUCCUGAACUCUCUCUGGAGGAGGCGAGACAAGAUGCGAGACGCUGUAUCCGUCUGUCUGCUCCAGGACCUCACGCCUUCCUCCUGGUGAUACCAGUGCAGAAGUCUGCUGGAGUAAAGAGAGAGAUGAUGGAGGAAAUGGAGGAGAUUUUGGGGGAGAGAUGUUGGAGGAACAGCCUGGUCCUUUUUACUGUUACUGAUGAAGAACAAGAGAAGAACAUUGAGGAUUUUGUUCAAUCGGGGAAUCAGGAGAUCCAGAGACUUGUAGAGAAAUGUGGGAACAGGUUUCACUGUCUCAACAUUCAUCAGAGUGAAGAUGGUUCACAGGUGUCAGAACUGCUGGAGAAGAUUGAGAAGAUGGUGGAAGGAAACACAAAGAUUCAGCAGUGAGAUCUACUUGCAGACUGAAAGACAUGUGAGGGAAAAAGAGGAAUUUAAUAAAACACAGGAAGAUACAAUCAGGCUGGACAGGGAAGAACAGAAGGUUUAAUUCAAAUUUAUAGCUGAGUGCAAUCUAAAACUAUAUAUCAAUACGACGCUGCAGUGUUGUCACAAAAGAGCUAAUCAAAAGAAAAUAUAGAAAAAUCUAUUUUAAUUGCUGUUGUUAGAUGUUUUUUUUUUAUUGUGACCUUAGCUAUUGAUUCCAAAAACAUUGGUCUUUACCUAUUCAAGUAGAUAGGACGUAGUGUUGUAUAACUGAAAUACUGUAGCUGCCAUGAGUGACAUUUAAAAUAUAGCCGCCUAGGAAUUUAAUACAUCUAUAAAUUUAAUUAAUAUUGAUGAAUGGUGAUGCAACAACCUACAGUCAUAAUGGAGAGCAGUCAUACGAGUCUUAUCAUUAAUAAUUGCUCUGCUUUUUAACAUCAUCUCAGAGCAUCCAACUUGUGUCUAAAUCAUCUGAACAAGUAUGUUUUAUGCAAGUUUUCAAACAUAUCUAAACAUAUUUAAUAGUUGUGGGAGAAAACCAUGCAAUGUACAGUAAGGGUUCUGUGUUGUUGUUGUUUUUUAUUUUGUUACAGGUGUGUGUUGAGUACCAUGUGUAUACCUGGCAUUUUCUUGUUGACAAUUAUUGUUGAUGUGUACAGUACAUGCAGUUUCAUGCCAUUCUCUUUUGUUCUUAGUCAUUGUCUCAUAGUUUUAAAAUAGCCUAGGCCUACCUUUCAUGUCGCAUUUAUUAAACAUUCUUGGGGGAAUGAUCCUAAUAAAGGAAAUACAC